AUGGAUGCUUGUCUCUCAAAGGCAAAUCAGAACACAGUGGAAGACAAGGAAAAGGACAAGGAGAAUGUUUCCCCUGUUGAAGAGAAAGACAAUGAUCCGCCUUUUGGUCCCUGGAUGUUGGUGGGGAAUGAUAAGAAAAAGGCACAUGCAACAGCCAGAAGAGGCAGAUCUCAUUUUAGGAAGAGUCGAAGAGGAAGAAGCAAUCAGGCCCUUCUGAAUUCGGGUCAAGUUGGGCCUUCAGAGGCCCACAACGUACCCUCCUGUGUUAAGGAGAUUUCAACAAUGGUUUCUUUAUCCUCUCCAAAAACUCAGAAUUGUUGUCAUCUCACCAACUCCCAAGAAUUGCCUGGAAAUGGAUCGAAAUUCUCCCUUCCCACUAAUAAUAACUUUUUUGAACCAGAUCUGUGUGAUUCGAAUUCUAAAAAGCUAUGGGAUGGUUCGUUUUUUGAUUCGGCAUUACCUGCCGAUGGUGAAAUUGAUGGAGAACAAUUGCAAGAUCUGCAUAGGCGAAGUGAAAGCGGUGUCGAACCUACGGAAAUAACUAAGCCUUUGGGGUUUUGUAACAGAGCUAGAGAAAGCUCUCCACUUGUACAAUCUAACAAACUUUGUGGAAGAGGUGAUGGUUCUGGGCUAAACGACCAGAAUGCUGAGGAAUAUACUCCUAAGAAGGUGGGAACGACCGGGACCGAGUCUAAGGCACAAGCAAGGCCUGAAAUUUCUGGUAGAUCCCUACAGAGUCGCUAUAGUAGAAGGCGAGGAGAUUCGAAAGGUAUUGGUCUCCGCCAGGUUCUUAGCUGUGCUAGAAAGGGGAAUGACGGCUCACCAAAUCGAGGUAGCGGCAGAGCUCGGCGAUCAGCCCUCUUUAGAAGAGAAGUUGGGCUGGCUUGCAAGCAACUCAGACAGGGGGGACAUUCACCAAUCACCACCUCCUUUUCCAUGAAGAUUAUCAGUUACAACGCAAGGGGUGCGGCGAACCCGAAAUUCCGCCAAACCGUUCGUGAUCUUAAGGAAAGAUACCAGCCUGACUUGUUUAUUGUCACUGAAACCCGUGUGUCUAGGGAUAGAGCUAAAAAUAUCAGAGAUAGUCUGGGAUUUGAUGGCAUGUCGUGGGUCAACCCAGUUGGAUUUUCAGGGGGAAUAUGGUUUUUGUGGGAUACUGCUGAUUUGGUUGCUAGCUUUGUGAGGAAGUCUCAACAAGAGAUCACGAUUCAAUUUCAGAAUGUCAAAACUUGGAACCGUGAACAUUUUGGAAAUGUCUUUUAUAAAAAACAGAAACUUCUCUCCCGGCUCCUUGGAGCCCAAAAGGCUCUUUCUGACCAACCUUCCCAAUUUCUCAUCGAUUUGGAUUCUUUUCUUCGUAAGGAACUUCAAUUAGUCCUUAGGCAGGAGGAAUCUCUUUGGGCCAUGAAAUCUCGAGUCUCUUGGCUCACUAAAGGGGAUAACAAUGCCACUUUCUUUCACACCUCUACCCUUGUUAGGCGGAAAAAGAAUAAAAUCAUUAAACUUAAAGAUGACUCGGGUAAUGAUGUUGUAGGGGCUGAUUGUAUCUCGCAUAUUGCUAAUUUUUUCCUCAAGCUUUACUCUUCUGAAAGUGAUUAUUGUGAGAUCAACCCCACUAAGCCUGAUUUUUCCUUCAACUUAGUUGAUAGUGAAUUCCAUAACAGCCUCUCUGUUGUUCCUAGUAUUUCGGAGAUCAAGAAAGCCCUUUGGAGCAUGAAACCUUUCAAAACUCCUGGACCCGAUGGCCUCCAUGCUGGUUUCUUUCAGCACUGUUGGGAGGAUGUCCAUCUUUCUCUCUGUAAGGACAUUCAGGAGAUCUUUGCCACUAGCUCUAUGCCUGACUCUUGGAAAAGAUUUCUUAUUGUUUUGGUCCCUAAGAUCAAUAAUCCUGAAUCCAUUCGUCUCUUUAGACCUAUCAGUCUUGGCAACACCUGCUACAAAAUUGUGACAAAAAUUGUUGCUAGCAGAAUCAAGGGCACUCUUAAUGAUUUGAUCAGCCCUUUUCAAGGAACUUUUCUGGAAGGCGGAAGAGCUUCUGACAACAUUAUUCUAGCCCAAGAGGUUAUGCACACUGCUAAGACUAGUAAAGCCAAGGAUGGAUGGAUGGUCAUCAAGAUUGACCUUGAGAAGGCUUUUGAUAGGAAGUGGAAUCCUAUUCGUAUUGGUAGAAAUGGCCCAAAGAUCUCACAUCUCCUUUUCGCGGAUGACAUCAUUCUAGUCGCAAAAGCAAAUGAGAGGAAUUGUCUUGCCAUUAAAAACACUCUUGAGGAUUUCUGUGCCAAAUCUGGUCAAAAAGUUAAUUUGGAUAAAUCCAAAAUCUGGUUUUCUCCUAUGGUUGAGGAGGAUAAGGCUGAUUAUCUUAAUUCCGUCCUUGGUUUUAGAAAGGUUCAUAAUCUGGGUAUCUAUCUCGGUCAACCUCUCCUGGAGAAAAAAGGGAAUAAGGGCGACUAUUCUUACCUCAUUGACAAAAUGAGAUCCAGACUAGCUGGAUGGAAAGCAAAGAAACUCUCCCUUGCUGGUAGGAGCACUCUUAUCCAGUCGAUGACCUCAGCCAUUGUUGACUAUCCCAUGCAGGUUGGCCUCCUGCCUGCCUCUAUCGAUUCUGAGAUUGACAAAAUCCAUAUGGAUUUUUUGAGGGGUGAUACUGAUGAAACCAAGAAGAUCGAUUUGGUUGGUUGGAAUAAAGUGGCUAGGCCCAAAAACCAAGGGGGUCUUAAUCUCAAAAGAGCUAAACUCAGGAACAUGGCAUUACUUGCCAAGUUACAUUGGAGAAUUAGAAAAGACCCCAACAACUUCUGGACUAAAGCCCUCUGUUCAAAGUAUAACUUAGACACUAGUUCUAAUAGCAAUGCGUCUAAUGUUGCCAAGUCUCUUGUCUACUCUCAAGCUCUCUUCAAUAAAGGCGUUAAGAAGGUAAUUCAAUCUGGUUCCAAUACUAGCUUCUGGUAUGAUGUUUGGGCUUUUAACUAUCCCCUUAGAACACUUAUUCAGGGACCUCUUAACAAAGGUGAGGAUAGUAUGUUAGUUAGGGAUUGUUUUCCCCCCGCAGGUGGUUGGAACCUUGACAGCAUCUCGCUCACUCUUCCUCCUGAUUUUGUUGAUACAAUUCUGUCUAUUCCUUUUUCUCUUAGGGAUAAUGUGAGUGAUUCUUUUUGCUGUAAAUACUCUUCAAAUGGUAAUUUCUCCUUGAAUUCUGCUUAUGAUUUAGCAAAUGGCUUUGAUGUUGUUUCGGAUUUCAAUCCCUUUUGGAAAAAGUUUUGGAAAAUUCAUUGUCAUAACCGCAUCAAAUUCUUUUUUUGGUCUGUUGCUCAUGGGAAAAUUCCUUGUAAAUCCAUGCUCUAUAAUCGCAAAAUUAGCCAAGAACUCUGUUGUGAUCUUUGUCCUGAUUCUGAAGAAACUAUUUUACAUAUUCUAAGGGAUUGCCCUUUGGCUUCCUCUGUCUGGAAUUCUCUCCACUGCAUUCCUUCUCAUUUCUUUCUGCAUUCUAAUCUUGAGACUUGGCUUUCUUGCUGCCUUUUCUCCUCUCUCACUUGGAAAUCCAUUCCAUGGACUACCAUUUUUUUUUAUUCUUGUUGGAACUUAUGGAAAGCCAGGAACUUAAGACUCUUCUCUGGACAAUUCUUAUCCAUGGAUUCCAUUAUUCAAUCCUCUUCUUUCCAAGCUCUAGAAUUUUUUCAUGUGGCUAGGCCUGCCCCCAAAUCUAUUGUUAAAUCUUGGAAGAACAUUCAUUGGGAGCCUCCGGACCAAGGCUGGUUUCUUUUGAAUACUGAUGGUUCCUCCUCCCAAGACAAGGGUGGAGCUGCUGCCUUAAUACGAGAUCACCUUGGGGUAUGGAUUGUUGGAUGCAUUAGGAGAAUUCCACUUGCCGAUAGUCUUCAAGCAGAGCUUUGGGGACUUAGAGACGGCCUCCUCUUAGCUAAAUCUCAAGGGAUUUCAAAUCUCUUGGUCAAAGUUGACUUUGAAUGCAUGAUUUAG